CUCCAGAAUUCCAGGACCUCUCCAGAUAUCCAGGACUUCCUACAGAUCGACAACCCCGUCAGAAUCCUAGAGACCCCGUCUACAGAUGCUGGAUGUGACUACGAGAAUGUUCCCUUUGCUGAUACUUUUAUCUGCCUCUGCGUUUUCUGUCUCCGGCUUCAGCGCUCUUUACUCCGAUCAGAACCCAACUCAAGGAAAGAAAUUUGGAGGUUACCGUAUUGUGCCAAAGACCUGUGCAGACUUAACAUCAAAUGGCAAGGCGAAGGGAGUGUGCAUGUUCAACUAUGAAUGUGCACAACGAAACGGUCAAGUGGUCGGAUCAUGCAUGGACGGUUUCCUCUUCGGUGCUUGUUGCAAACUUCCACCGGGAUCCGUCUAUCUUCCUCCAGGAGUUGAUGUUCCCUCCUCUUCCCCUUCAACAACAUCUCUCAAACCUAUUGACCACAACACCUUUUCUACAAAGCCAAUCACUCUUCAUCCUGUCGGAGAAACUAUUCUUCUUCACAAAAAUGGCUCUGUAGUAGUCGAUCAAAAUGAUCCACAGGAAUUUGAUUUACUGAAAAAGCCACAGGAAGGUUCUCCAUUACCGGAAGUCAAUACCCCAAGUUAUGUAAUUGAUCUUGAGAAUCAUCUGUCUUCAACUAACGUUUUCACAAAAACAGAUGACGAUUCAUCUCAUUGGGUAACCAAACACCCCUAUAAUUCCAAUACACAGGCCAUGUCUAAAACCACUCAGUCCGAAUUCAAUGCAGUCACACCUUCAAUGCAGGGCACCACCCGUCAUGAUGAGGAGAACUUUCCUUCGACAACUGACGAUGACACUGUUACUAAACAUUCCACACUCAGUAUGCAAACACAUUCUACUACUAAGUUACCGUCCUAUGUUUACUUCACAAAACCAGGCCCUACAAAAGAUUCCAACAAACCUGUACUGUUUACAAAGCCCAUAUCUUACACCUCCAGCAACCAACCCCUGAAACCAAAACCUGUUACAUCAAAUACUUUUACUCAAUCCACUACUGAAAAAAGCUACUCGACUCAUUCCCUACCACAUGAAGACAAUAUGCUCCUCAUUCCUACCAUAACAAACAGCAAACCUGGAAUUGAGGAUGUAACUGAUGCUGUAUCUAUAAAUCACAUCCUUCAUCUUUUGAACGAUACUGAACCAGUUCCUGAACCUAUUUCAACAAGUUCACCCAGUUUAUCAACCUGGGUUUCAAUCAACGGGAAACCUGAGAAAACCGGUUCAUAUCCCUCCUCAUACACAACCUCCCACUACUAUGAAUAUGAAGCCUCUAAUGAGCCUUCUGUGAGUACGACAGUGCAACAUGUUCAAGGACCUUCAUUCCAAGUGACCCCACAAGUAGACAUCACACCAAAACCCCAUGACAACACUACACCCGAGCCUCCUCCUACAGUGAUAGUGCUGGGUCCUUUCAACACUUACUCCUCAGUGAAACCAGCAAACACUCCCAGUUACAACGACAAUCAACAGAAACCGUCACAAACCGUGACUGUUCUGUCCCCCUUCCAGCACUCGACCGUAGUGACUGUGAAGCCAACAGGCAGUGUGAUAUCAGUUAAACCUCCACCUCAUUCCACCUACAAUCACCAACCUUCGUGGACCACUGCUUCUCCCUACAUCUCUGUUACUCACCCAUCCACUGGUGGAUCUCAACAGAUGACCAGUCCAGUUCAUCUUAUAACCAAACCUCCUAAACCUUAUCCUUCGAUUUAUUCAUCCAACAAACCGAUCACUUUCACCACAGUAAAACCAGUCCAGACUUACAUAUCUCAAAAGCCUGGGAGUUACAUAUCAAAUAAGCCAGUUCUUAUUACUUCCUCAAAACCGGGAUACCCGCAACAGAAUAGACCUAUUUUUGUUUCAACUAACUCAGUUUCAAGUCUUGAUACAUCUUCGAGCAAACCUGUCCAGUCUUCUUACAUAAAGCCUAAACCUUCAGAUAAAUACAGACCCACUGUCAACACUGUGAGGCCAGUGUCUGUGAUAACACAAUCUGAUGAUGAACCAGUGGUGAAUAGUUCAAGUCUUCUUGUAGCAUUUCCUCCAGUGAGAGAUCCAAACAUCACACUCCUCUCACAAUCUGAUAAGCCGGACCUCUCUACUUCAACCACUGCCAUCGACGAAGAGCAAUCAACGGUGAACUUCAUUGAAGAUGACACACUUAAUGACAAAGUCCACGGUUUUGUAGAAAAAAUAGUUCAGUCACUUGAAGGGAACUUUGUUGACUUAGAAAAUGUUCUAUUAGAUGGUCAAACAAAGCCAAAUGCUACACUGUCUCAAAAACCAGUGAAAAAGCCUUCCACAGUGUCAACUUCUUCAAAACCUUCCAGACCCACAAAAAAACCCUCCACUAAACCUACUACUCCAAAACCACUUGUAUCAAUCACAAAACCGACAUCGGUUAAGCCGGAUAUAUCCAUUUACACAAAUCGCCCGACCACGACUGUAUUACUGUCUACCAACUACAAACCACUAGACGAUAGUGAAAACAAACCCACUAAAAAACCUACUUCACCCUCGACAUUGGUUGUUUAUCAAUCGAGCCCAACCUCGACGACCACAAAACGACCGACGCCAACAACAGUUGUCUUAGACAACAUCAGUAUUGUCGAAGAACAAACUGAAGCUUCGCCAUCAAAACCACCGUCGGAAGUGAACUACAAGAAGGAGUGUGGUGUUAGACCGCUGAUGAAAAAUGGAAGAAUUGUUGGGGGAAAGGGAGCAACAUUUGGAGAAUGGCCGUGGCAAGUUCUCGUGAGAGAGGCAACAUGGCUUGGGCUAUUCACCAAGAACAAAUGUGGAGGUGUUUUGAUCACUAGUAGAUACGUGAUCACAGCCGCUCAUUGCCAACCAGGGUUUUUGGCUUCGCUAGUGGCAGUGUUUGGAGAGUACGACAUCAGCGGGGAGUUAGAAUCCCAACGCAGUGUCAGCAAGAAUGUGAGGAGAGUCAUAGUGCACAGACAGUAUGAUGCGGCUACCUUUGAGAACGAUAUUGCACUUCUUGAACUAGAAUCCCCAGUCGCGUUUGACUCACACAUUGUACCUAUCUGCAUGCCUCAAGACACUGACGAUUUCACAGGAAGAAUGGCCACAGUCACUGGCUGGGGAAGAUUAAAAUAUGGAGGUGGAGUACCAAGUGUCCUGCAGGAAGUUCAAGUCCCAGUCAUAGAGAACUCUGUCUGCCAGGAAAUGUUCCACACAGCUGGUCAUUCCAAGAGCAUCAUCAGCAGUUUCCUCUGUGCAGGAUAUGCCAACGGUCAGCGGGACUCUUGUGAGGGUGACAGCGGAGGACCCCUGAUGGUAGAGCGAGAAGAUGGUCGGUGGGUUCUGGCCGGCACCGUAUCACACGGUAUCAAGUGUGCGGCACCCUACCUACCUGGCGUCUACAUGCGCACAACCUAUUACAAACCAUGGCUACAAACCAUCACCGGGGUCCACUGACGCCCGCUUUCCUGACAUUGUGAUAUGUACUUUACUUCCAAAGACUGUUAAUCGUGUAUAAAUCGACUGUGUCCAUAUUGUAUAGAAUUUUAUGAGUACGCACUAUGUGUCUUAGUUAAUGCUUGAUGUUCUUUUGUGAAAACUCUUCCUUUCACUGUUAACUGUUUUAUUCAAAUGCUAAAAGCUUUAUGAA